UUACAGUGUUGAAGAAAACGGUGAUGUUACUUGUUGUGUUGUCUUUGUUUUUACGUGAUUGAAAAUCUAAGUAUAAAUGGAAUAAUUGCAUACUUUGGUGAUUUAAUAAGAUUAAUAUAUUAUGUUUUGGUGAUAUAUCAAUCCACUGGUACCUAUUGAAUAAGUGCUAUAAUUUUGAGUGUUCACUCAUUCAUAAGACAAAGGAAACAGGUGGUAAACGGAGCAUACAGAUCUGUAACGACUUGAUCACUCCCGCUGCAGCUUAUGUUCAAGCAGUGAACUUCCCGGCCGAUUGUACGGUCGGUGACACCAGCAGUAACCGUGACGCUGCCGUCAUGACGCUACACUGGUGGAUGCACUGGUUCUGGGUCACGACGCUUCUCGUCUUACUUGGAGGCGGCGGUAGAACCCUUGCUGCACCCCAGUCUGAAGAACUGCAACAUAUAAGUACAGACAUACAAGUUGAUCACAAACAUUCCGAAAGGCAAGGCCGGGCAAUGUACUUUACUAAGACGCCUCAAAUCACCAGUACAAGAUCGCCUCCUGCCAAUGUAACAGAAACUAACCAUACUACUAAAGAAAUUGACAAAAUUGUUCGAAACACAACAUCCAAUGUUACUCUUGACGUGGCGCAUCCAGCUAUACAAUGGACGCCAGUAAAUACUACAGAGCUUGAAAGAAAUGCUUCAGUGACCGAAGCUCCUAGUAAUACGACUUCAAAAAUCAAUGUGACAGUAAUACCAAUUUUUAAUAAUGUAACAGAACCUCAAAAUAAUACAUUUGCAUCUAGAAAACGCAACUUAACCCGCCCGGAUUUUGUCAAAGAUAACGCCAACGUUGAAGGAGUAGCUGAGAGUAGGAUAGUUACAGAGAAGCCACUUUCACUUGAAACAACGUUCUUGCAGACACGAAUACCGCCAAAUAUAGAAUCUUCCAGAAGGAUCAUAGAACCUAGUGAUGGGGGAAUGGACACAGGAGCGAUAGCGGGGAUUGCGUUUGCUACUUUGGUCUUGGGAGCACUAGCUGGCAGUACAGCCUUCGUUCUUUAUAGACGACGGUAUUUGAACAAGCCGCAGACUUUAAAUGACAAGUGCUCAAAUCCUGACUCCAGUGGGUAUCUUGACGACAGCACUAUCAGGGAUAAUUCCGAGGAGAUGUACAGUCUGGACAACGACUCAUUCCUGAACUCAUUGGAAGCUAUGACUAUACAGAACUAUUGGACCGACACAGUGAAGCACACCAAACUGUAGUGCGACCUGAGGACAAUUUCUUUUAAAAAAAUUAGUUGACAAUUAUUUUAUACAUAAUGAUAUAACGUUUAUAAGUUUUACCAAAAUUUAUUAAUAAUUAAUUGUGAACUUAACAUAUUAACUAAAAUGCUGUCUAUUUUAUAAGUAUUGCAAAUGUUUUUUUUAUUUAAUUAUUUUAUAAAAAUAAUGAAAUAACAAAACUUAAAUAAAGCAUGAAUUAACAAAAAAGUGGAAAAAAAUAACAGAUAAAUUUCAUUUAUAACUUUCUUUUAAUCUUUGAUUUGAAUUACAAUCAUUAAAAAAUUUACAUACAACUUUGUGGUUUUUUUGCUGAUAAAGAGAAAAAAAAAACAUAAUAAAGGUCAACAUAGAUAGAAAUAAAUGUAUCAAUGUGUGUGUAAAGUAACUUUUCAUAUUAAUUUACCCAUUUAUUGUUUAUCUGUGUGUAACUUUACGCUAGGUAUUCUUACGUGGUGUGCAAGAAGUACGCAAAGUAAUUAUUUGAGAAUGUUAUCCAUCCCUGUACCAGGAGAAUACGUGUCGCAAAACAUAUUGUAUUUACGACAUGUAUUGUAUACAUGUAUCACAUGUUUUAAACAUGGUAUAAACGCUGUACAAGUAUAUACUACUAUUUUGGUGAAAACGUAGUAGUGGUAAAACCCCAAAACUCCACUUUUUAUAGCUGAAAUACAAAUCACUGCGUGACUUUACAUCACUAACAAUAUUAAUCCUAUAUUCGAAAGGGAAUAAAAAUACUUAAUAGUUACUGGACUAUUUAGUAACUUUAUUCAAUUCGGAGUAGAUUUUAAACUAGUAAAUGCAUGAAGCAUAGAUAUGUCGAGUGUUUUUUUUUUUUUAUUACAAAUUCAAUUGUAUGUAAUGUACCAACAACAAAUGGAAAUAUAAUAAUUAUAUUACUUAAGAAACAGUUUGUAUUUUAAUUAUAAUAGUUUAUAGUCUAUUUUUAAUUUAUAUUAUGAUAAAUUAAUACCUUGUAAAUAUGUGAUGUUGUGAUAAUUUUUAAUUUAUACAAUUUUUGUUUUUAAUUUUUCUUUACAUUGAUAUUAUUCAUUUUAUAUAGAAUUUGCAUUCGAAAAGCAUGUAUUGUAUCGUUUUAAUUGUUACAUAAUCGUACAUCUAAAAAAUAAAAUUUUAUUGACAAUUAUCAGAUAAAAAGAAUGCAUCAAAUUAUUGUUCUUAUUAUAAAUGGACCAAAAAUAAGGUUAGCAAUUUGUUUUCGCACUCUGGGAAGGUUGCAUUGGUAUAAUACUGGCCAAUGAUUGGUAUGCAUUGAUUUUUUUUUUCCUUUACAGAUAUUAUAAAUGUAGUUAGAAAUAAGGAUGUGAUCACCGAUAUAAAAUGUAUCUAGAAUAAGGAUGUGAUCUCACUAUAUCAUUUUAAAUGUUAGUGUGUGAAAAGUUUGUGUGUGUUAGCUUUAGACUUUUCCUAUUCAGGGUACCACGUUUUAUAGUUUGCGCAUUGAAAAACCAUAGAAUAAAUAUAUUAUUUUUCUAUGGUUCUUCUAUUACUUUUGAAUUUCGAAAUUCUUAACUUCACAAAUCAAUCGGCACUCUAUAUACCUAUGGAUUAACCUUGAAUUAUAGGAAAACGCCUAUUUUCUAAAUUUUUUAAUAAGAUAACAAAAAUUACUGCAAUCCUUUGAUCUUUUACAUUGGUUUUUUUUUUCUUCUUUUAAUCCUUAAUAACUACACUUACAUUACACACUUGCGAUCGGUGACUACUUGCUGAACGUAAAAAAAAUAAGAAAAUAUUAUUUUUUAUUAUAAAAAUAAAAAAAAGAUAUUUCUAACAUAUCUCACAAUAAGUGAAUGCACGUAUUUAUUUUUACAUAUUCUACCUCGGCAAAGGAUUUGCAAUCAUUUUGUUAUUUCCUUAAAACCCUGUAUUGUAUAUAAUUUUCAUGCAUAAUAAUGAAAUUAUUCGUACUAAGUAGGUAACAUUACGAUAUUUAUAUCUUCGAUUUCUAGUUAUUAGAUUGUGAUUUCAACUUCCGUCCACUAAUUGGUUUUCUUUGUCAUUCAAAUUAUUAUGAUAUUUAUCGGUUAAUUUAUAAAUACGAUCAAUAUAAUAUGGAUAUAAAAAGGCUAUCGCCAAGUUGGAAAAUAAAACUCAAUGUACGAAUAAAGAGGCUUACUGCUAAUUUUUACUGAUGGCGAUGCCAUUGUUAUAUACAUUUUAAUACAACUUCAUAUCUAGUCUGUUGUACAGAGCAAGUAAUCCCUACGAUCUGUUGUGCUAGGUAGAAAAAUAAAAUAUGAAAAGUUUUAUUAUCCCGCCCUUAUGUAGUUAUUUUUUUAAACUCAUUCUGUCAAUAGACUUUCAAUUACUUUUUUUUUUAUUCAUUGAGUCUUUGGCUAGUAUGUAUUCUUCUAAUGACUAUUUGCUGUUGACCAUAGAUUAAGGAUAUUACCUACAGUUUUUCUGUUAUUUACGUUGUAACAAAGUGGCGCCACCUUCGCAAAAAUUUGCGUAAGUUUCCUAUUGUUAUCUACUCUGAGUUUUUUUUAUCCAAGAUUCUGUUUUAUCAUAAAUUUUCACCAACCUAGUUGGACUGUUUAAUUUUAUUCUUACUUAUCUAUAUAAUUUACUAUAGAUAAUAUUUAAUAUAAAAAAAUGUAUAUUUUAACCACAAAUGUUAUGUUUCGCAGAAUAUAAUUUUAAUAGCAACAAGAGGCUAUUUCAGUUAAACUCUGCCGUAAUAACAGACAAUAUAAAUACGGCUGUUAUUGAGACAUUUUUUUUUCUUUUCGCUUUGUGUCAGAGAUUAAAAUAAACAUUUAAAAAUUAUUUGUCUAUAGUUAUUUCGAUUUAAUGUUUCCAAUAAGCCACGAAUUGUUAAUAGAUAUUCUUGUAAUAUAUCUCUAUGUAUUUUAAAUAUAUAAGUACAUUAACAUAAAUAUUUACUUAAACGAUAUUUAUUCACAUCAACUGUAUUGGGGUUAUUGACACAGUUGGAAAAUACUUUAUUUCUAAUAUUGUUUUCCCACCGAUAGACAAAAACUUACUACUUAUUACUAUAGAAAUGUUAAAGUUUAUAAAGAUGUUUAUUACACAAUCAUGCUUAAACAACUCAACAGAUUUAAAAUGCUUGGUACGUAGAGAGACCAUAUCUGGUUUAACACUGGUUAGUAUUGUUCAAAUCUUUAAUCUAAGCUAGUACACAUAUCUACCUAUAUCUAUGUAUACGAUAUUUAAAGUGCAACGAAAAUAUAUAUAUAAUAACUAUAUAGUUUGGGUGUAGUUAAAAAAAUUCAAUCCGAGAAAAUGUAUUAGUCCCACCUACGCCACGUUCCAAUAAAGUAUAUUUACCGAAAUAUGAACAUCACAACAGCAACAAAAUUACCACAUUUGACAUUCAAAUAGAUCUUUUUUUUUUAUAAUAAAUUUCGCAAUAGAUUAUAAAUUUGUACUACCUAUAUCUAUCUUUAUGUAAUCAAAUUUAACAAAAGGGUCAAAUCGCCCCAAUACAGUAUAGUUUUUAUUCUAUAAAUGUGUAUAGACGUAUAUACAAUGGUCAUAUCAGAGUUAUUUAGUGUAAAUAAAUCUAAUUAAUUAUAAUAACUUACAUUUGUGUAAAAUUAAUAAUUACGUCAACAGAAAUGUAACGUUUUAUCAUCUCAUAGGUAUGUAGUAGGAAAAAUUGUGAUAUAAUAGGGUCGAUUCUAAAACGCAAUUUUAAAACUGAUCUCUAAAGAUUGAACUUAAGAGAUUUAAAGAAAGUUUUAUGUUACAAAUACCAAGAACUAAAUUUUAAAUAGAUACUUGUGAUUCUAUGAUACAUUUGACUCAUUCAAAUUCUUACAAAAUAAUUUCACUUUAAUAUCAACAUGAAUUUUUAAUUUUAAAGAUGGAUACAGAAAAUUACGUUUUAGAAUUGGCCCCAUUAUUGUAAAAUACGAAUAAAUGUUAUUGCAGAGCCGGUAUAUUGUUGAAAGUUACAAACUAUUUAGUAUAUAUAUUUAGUAAUACAGAUAUUAAAAUAACAAACUUGUAUGCAAUGUUGCUUUUUCUAGAACAAUUAAAUGUUCUUAAUUUUCUUUAUAGAUUGCCAUAUUGCAUACGCUUUUGCUGUUUCAAAUUCAAUAAAUCUGUCUAUCUACUUAUAUGAUCUAGACAAGACUAGUGUGUAACUAAUGUCUACUUAUAAAGUCAUACAUAUACUAAAUAUGACAAUUAAUAUAAAACAGCAUCUUCGAAAUACGGCCGGCUCUGGGAUUACAAGGAUAGUUUAAGGACUCGUCAGGAUUAUUCAAAUGAUAAAAAAUAUUUUUGCCGAAUCAACGUCUGUCGACAAAAUAAUGUUGUAUUAGUGAUGUCACUUACUCGACUAUCGAAGAAUAAACUUGUGACAAUUGUACUGAUACAAUCAUUUUGAUUAUAUUCUCUCAACACAAUUGCAUGAUUGAAUGGUAUCGAUAUGAGAUUCAAUUAUUACAUCUUUUGAUCUCUUUCAUUCAGUGAACUAUAAAAAAAAAUUAAAUUAAAUUACUUUCGUGUAUAAUUGUCGGAUCUUUGGUUUUAUAACUUGAUCAACUACACGAAUAGUAAUAAAAGGGAAGUCGUUAAAUUGAUCUUAUAAGAGUGCUAUGGGCUGCGUACGACAGUCAGUUGAAAAUAAAUAUGGCGCCAAUAAACGACUUUUCAGAUUUUUUUUACUAUUAUAGCUGCUUGUUUCAUUAAUAAACGAUUAUCUAGCAGGCAAGAAAAAAUCAUAAGUACUUUUUGUUACCUGCGAUCAUGAAUGACACCUGAUCAUAAUUUUUAAAAAUUUUUUUUUGAGACAUCCCUAAUGCAGUAUUACUUUGUCCACAGAUUUGGAUAACUUAAUAUUUAAUUUGUUCCUCAUGUCAUUAAGAUAUAGUGUUAAGUUUCUGAUAGUACCUACUUAAUUAAAAAAAAUAACAAGUAUAGACACAACCCUUUUUUUUAUAUUUGGCAUAUUAAUGAAACAAUCUUGGAAGAUAAUGUUAUUUUAUUGAAAUUGAAAUUUUUGAAUAAAAAUAUUUUUGUGUUAAUUAAUCGUCUGAUAUUCUGUUUUAUCUUUUAAAAUUCCCAAUAUUGAAAAAGAUAUGCCAUAAAUGUUAACUAAAUUAUGCCGAGUAUAAAACAGAAAAAGUUAAAGAAAUCCUACAAUAUUCAGUACUUAGAUAAAACGUGGCCAUAAUCUAGGGUGUGGCAUGGGUCAAAAAUCAGUAUUGUUUCUCGAUUAUUCCCCAGGUGCUAGCAAAAAUAAAUAUUUUAAGUACGCCGACAAAAGAAAUAAACCCCUAACUAGUUAAGAUUAAAAAUGUAUUUGGAUUGUGAGAAGAAAAUAGUGUUAUAAUAAGUUAGACACUAUCAAUGGUAAUAAAUCUAUUUUUACUUGC